AAAAGAGGAAAUUCCUCUUCGCCCUUAUCCUGUUCGUGGCAUCUUUCUCUGUGCAGCGUUAGCGACACCACCGGGAGCUGUGCGCAUAUUUUCUAUCCGUGUAAGGAGCACCGGAGGCUGAGGUUUCUGAACAGAUCGACAGGCAGAGCGGGCUUCUCCGUCUAAUAUGAAAGCGUUUUUAUCCUGAUGCACCGAUGCGGGAGGAACUGCGACUCAUGGGGUGCUGAUUUGCGUUUUGCAUUUUUACUAACUCAGAUGCGUUUUUGCACGAUCCGAGAGGCCUCGCUUACACGAUAUCUUUCUGCAGCUCUAUUUUUUUUUUUUAAAUAACUGCUGCAGGCUGAGAAACGAGCUUUCAGUUCCCGCUGAGUGUUACAUAACCGAGUGGCUUUAGCUGUCCAAGGUGCUGAACUGAGCGGUCGAGCCUCAAAACGGGGGGACGAGCUGUGGGGAAUACACAACCUUGUAAGGUCAAAGGCCUGGAAAGCACUGGAUCCCACCUCGGAGAACACAAGUGGAAAACUGGUGAAGAUUGGUUAUAUUGCUCACAUUUUUUUUUACUCCACGCCAUCCCUCGGGGAGAAAUUAGUUUCUGCGGUGGUUGAUUGAGCGGAGAGGGAAAAUGUCGGGGCAGACGCUCACGGAUCGCAUUGCCGCUGCGCAGUACCAGCUAACGGGAUCGGAUAUGGCCCGGGCUGUCUGCAAAGCCACCACUCACGAAGUGAUGGCGCCCAAGAAGAAGCACCUGGAAUACCUAGUGUCGGCCACCAACACCACCAAUGUAAACAUCCCUCAGAUGGCCGACACGCUGUUUGAGCGAUCCACCAACGCCAGCUGGGUGGUCGUCUUCAAGGCUCUAGCCACCACUCAUCACAUAUGCGUCCAUGGCAACGAGAGGUUCAUUCAGUAUUUGGCUUCCAGGACCUCCUUGUUCAACCUCAGUAAUUUCAUUGACAAAACUGGUUCUCAUGGUUAUGACAUGUCUACAUUCAUCAGGCGGUAUGCACGAUACCUGAAUGAGAAAGCCUUCGCCUACCGCCAAAUGGCUUUUGACUUCACCAGGGUGAAGAAAGGUGCCGAGGGAGUGAUGAGAACCAUGACGACCGAGAAGCUGCUGAAAGGCAUGCCUGUUCUGCAGACUCAGAUCGACACACUCUUGGAGUUUGACGUUCAUCCGAAGGAGCUGAACAAUGGGAUCAUCAAUGCUGCCUUCAUGCUUCUCUUCAAAGAUCUGGUGAAGCUGUUUGCGUCCUAUAACGAUGGAAUCAUCAACCUGUUAGAAAAGUUCUUCAAGAUGAAAAAAAGUGAUUGUAAGGAGGCCUUGGAGAUUUAUAAGAGGUUCCUGACCAGGGUGACGAAAAUUGGGGAGUUCAUGAAGUUGGCUGAGACAGUCGGAGUGGACAAAAAUGACAUUCCUGACAUCAACUAUGCUCCCAGCAGUAUCCUGGAGUCUCUGGAAACACACAUGAACGGUCUGGAGGACGUCAAAGGUGGAAAGAAAGGUGAAGGGUCUCCAACAAAGGGGUCUCCAACAAACAACGUGUCUCCAACAUCGACUCCAGCCAAAUCUUCAAAUGCAGUUCCCACGCUGCAGCCGCCUCCUGGGGACGGAGCCGCCGCCGCCGCUGCUCCUGAGCCAGCUGAAGAUUCUUUGUUGGACUUGGAUCCUCUGUCCUCCACUGGUCCCUCAGCACCAUCAGCUGCACCGACAUCUUGGGGAGACCUGCUUGGAUCAGAAAUGGGCGAUUCCUUGCUAUCUGAAUCCCCACUCGCCGCAGAGGCCGCCCCCUCCCCUGCAGCAGCAGCGCCCACUCCUGCAGCGGCAGAACCUGGCGUCUCUCUAGCUCCUCCCACUAGCACAGCAGCCGCCACUUCCCCUGGUGCCGCCAAUAUGGAUCUGUUGGGAGACGACUUUGCUACAGGUGCUCCUUCCUCUGAGGCCCCUGCUGCAGCAGCAGAGGGUGGGGCUGCUGCUUCGUCCACCCCAGCCACUAACUCUGGAGCUGAGCCUACAGGAGGGGAUGCCCCAGCUGCUGCUGCUCCUGCUGCAACUGCUGCUGCGGCUCCAGGUUCUGAGCUCAUGUCAGUAUUUGAUGGGCUAGGCGACAUAAUGAAGCCCACUGUGACCCCUCAAGCGGGUGAUGUUGACACCUCCAUGGCUAACAUGGCAAAUAACCUCACAUUGGGAACUGCAGCGGCUCCUCAGGUAGCUCCCCCUUGUUGGGGUGCACCCAUGGCACCAGUUGGCGGAGCACCAAUGAUGCCCAGGCCAGGCUUCCCUGCCACAGGAGUAACCCCGGGGGCACCGAUGUCUCCUGGAAUGGCCCAAAGCCCCAGAAAGCCCCCACCACCUAGGAACGCUCUGGAUGACCUGAAUAUCAAGGACUUCAUGUAGACUGCCUGAUCCAUUAUCCCCAAGGUUUGUCAUUGUGUCUGGAGAUCUGUGGAUAUGGAUGUCUGCAACCCCCUCACCCCUCCAGUCCCUUCUUCAGCCAGCCAGCCAUCAUCUCUUUGGUCUUUUCCUUCUAACCCCCCCACCAGCCUUGACUCUUGUAACAAACUCUCCCUUCCUAUCUAAUGUUGUAGCACAACUGUGAAUAUGAACCCUAGAUACAGCAAACCAGAGUUAUGUUUCAAUGUGUGUGAGUGUGUGUGUAUUUCAGUGUUAACCUUUACUUAAUAUACAAUGGAAAAAUAAAUGACCAAAAAAAAAAAAUCAAAAAAAAUAAAUAAAUGUGUAUUUAGAAUCAUUCAGCAUAUCAGCUGACUUGGAAUGGUGGAAAUAUGUUGGUUUCUUUUUGCAUCAACCAGACAAGGACUGUGUUUAAAGUUAAAUGUGGACUGUGUUCAGUGUAGCUUCACUCGCCAACCCCUAAGUCACUCUCCUCUGCCCCUGAUGUCCAAACCAGUACUGAGCGAUGUUUUAUGUCAUUAUUAACUUGCUUGUACCCAUAUUAGCUUGGGAUUCAUCCUCCCACCUGUCAACCUCACAACACAAAAGCACCAUAACUGAACUUGCACUGUUCAUCCGGACUUAUAAUUGAGCACAUUUACGUUCUGUUUUACAUUCAGUUUCCUUCAUUUUGACAUUGUGUGAAACAUGCAAAAACAAAACAAACAAAAAAAAAAACUAUUGUGAACUGUUCUAAUUGACAUAUGCAUUUUAGACUACUUUAAAAGACAGAUUUUACAUAUUUUCAGUAAUCUUUAUUGUUAAAAAAGUAUAAAUAUAUUUAUUUUUAGUUACUUUAAAUUAAAGAAAAACGGCAAGUUCGCAUAAAUUUCCGGAUUUUCUUUGUUCUUACUUCUCUGUCAAAAAGAGAUGGUAUUGAAUGGAAUGUGUUCUGUGGCGCCCCUUGCUGGUGUGAAGUGAUACUGCAUUAAAGCAUGCAACAGGCCGAUCUGGGAUGCAUUUUGAUAAUCUCAGUGAGCUAAUUUUUUAUUUUUUUGUCUUGGUCUUGACACAAGUAGAAGGUACGGUGAAGGACACAGUUUGUGUGAUUGCAAUGGGGUUUUAGCUUUCAUUGGGUCAUUUCUGAUGCAGCAGCAGUCGGUACAUUUGCUCAUGUUGCAGCUUCUGGGUCCUACAGGUUUACUGUAAAACACACAAGUGUUCACUGGAUGUUUCUCUGUGUUACUUAUUUUAAAAGGUGACUGUAUUUUAAUCCAUUGUGGCAUUAAGUGGUAUUAACUGUUGAAAGAAAAAUAAAAGACAAGUAUGACCGUAAAAAGAUUGUGGAUAAGUAAUGUUUGUUUGGUAUAUGAAGGCUGUUUGCUCAUUCUUUUUGGUUUUUGUUAUAAUGAAUGGUAUCGUCCACUCUCCCCGCCUGCAUGUGAGUCCGAAUUAGAUGCAAUAAAAGACAAAUAACACAUCCA